AUGGCGGCCUACUUGAGGGUUGUUGUGAUGGCAUCAACCAUCCAAUGGCUCACCGCUCUUCACGCGACCUCGGCAAAUGCAACCGAGGCCAACAAACGGAAGGGUGGCGAUCUCGCGAUUAUCAUACCAGGGCAUAUUCCCUCCUUUUCCAGUGGGGUGAACGAUGCCUACAUUACUGUUGCUGCCCCUCAAAAUAAUGACCUCAAACCAAGAGCCCAUCUCCACCUGUGA